UUUUCUCAUUGGACUGUGCGGCCAAGCCAAGCUGUCAGCCCAUGUGGCGUGGCCAGGCAGGAUGUGACAUUUAAAUUCAUCGGAGAGAGAAGAUUACAAAAAAAAGCACGGAGGCUAACGAGAGCCUUAUAGACAAGGAAACCACAGAGAUUGACGUUCUUGCCUACGGUUACAGUAAAAGGAACAAUCGCCAAGGAAGGAAGGAAGUGAGAUAAUACAUGUCGGAGAAGCACUAACAUUUUAAGUGGUUCGGAUUCGUGAUUUUUUGCAACAUCAAACUGAUCAGGACAACACAGCUUUCUUAAAUCACUGAGGUCGAACAGAUUCACUGAGCCUGAAACAGACAAGACACAUGCUGCAUUUUGUUGCAGUAAUUGAGCAUGGAUGAGAUAGUUAUAGCGGGAAUAUCAGGCCGUUUGCCAGAGUCUAACAACCUGGAGGAAUUCUGGGAAAACCUCAUCAAUGGGGUGGACAUGGUAACGGAGGACAACCGGCGGUGGACACCAGGUCUGUAUGGUCUUCCAAAAAGGAAUGGAAAACUGAAAGAUAUUAACCACUUCGAUGCAGCCUUCUUUGGAGUCCACCCCAAACAGGCCAAUACCAUGGACCCCCAGCUCCGUCUCAUGCUGGAGAUUGCCUAUGAGGCUAUUGUAGAUGGAGGUUUUAACCCAGCCUCACUGCGUGGCAGUAAGACAGGCGUCUACAUCGGGGUGAGCGGCUCAGAGGCUGGCGAGGCCUUCAGCAGAGAUCCAGAGGAGUUAUUGGGAUACAGUAUGACUGGCUGUCAGCGUGCCAUGUUGGCCAACAGACUCUCCUACUUCUUUGACUUCAGCGGGCCCAGCACUGCUAUUGACACAGCCUGCUCCUCCAGUUUGCUGGCUCUAGAAAAUGCCUUCCACGCCAUUCGCCAUGGCCAGUGUCAUGCUGCUCUGGUCGGGGGAGUCAAUCUGUUGCUUAAGCCAAACACCUCAGUGCAGUUUAUGAAAUUGGGCAUGCUCAGUCCUGAGGGGACCUGCAAAUCAUUUGACUCAUCAGGAAAUGGAUACUGUCGUUCUGAGGCAGCAGUGGCAGUACUGCUGACUAAGCGGUCAGUGGCUAAAAGGGUCUACGCCACAGUGGUCAACGCUGGCAACAACACAGAUGGAUACAAAGAGCAGGGUGUGACGUUUCCUUCGGGUGAGAUGCAGCAGAGGCUGGUUCGUUCUCUCUACCAGGAGGCAAAUAUACAUCCUGAGCAGGUGGAGUAUGUCGAAGCCCACGGCACUGGAACGAAGGUUGGCGACCCACAGGAAGUUAAUGGCAUUGUCAGUGUGUUCUGUCAAUCAAAGCGAGAUCCUCUGCUUAUUGGCUCCACUAAGUCAAAUAUGGGUCAUCCAGAACCAGCCUCUGGUCUGGCUGCCCUGGCAAAGGUGUUGCUUUCUUUGGAGAGAGGAACCUGGGCUCCCAACCUGCAUUUUACCAGUCCUAAUCCUGACAUUCCUGCUCUCACCGAUGGCCGUGUCCAAGUUGUUGACCGACCCAUUUUAACACGAGGUGGCAUCGUAGGCAUUAACUCUUUUGGUUUUGGAGGUUCAAAUGUUCACGUUAUUCUUCGUCCACCUGAGAAACCAGCUGAUGCAGUUGCACCGCCCAGGAGGGUUCCUAGGGUGUUUCAGGCCUGUGGCCGUACAGAGGCUGCAGUGAACACCAUGCUCCAAAAGGGGAAGGAACACUCUGCAGAUGACAGCUUCCUGUCUUUGCUCAAUGAGGUGUCAGGUGUUUCUACUACCAGUAUGCCCUACCGAGGCUAUGCUGUCAUUGGCUCUCAGAGUGACAUUAUGGAGGUGCAGCAGGUGCAGGCCGCUGCCAGACCGCUCUGGUACAUUUGUUCAGGUAUGGGAACACAGUGGGCAGGUAUGGGUUGCAGUCUCAUGCAGCUGCCAGACUUCAGAGAGUCCAUCCUGCGCUCAGAUGCAGCCCUGAAGGAAACUGGCCUGGUUGUGUCUCGCCUGCUCAUGGACGCAGACAGUGCUACAUUUGAAGACACUGUUCAUGCCUUUGUUGGCCUUGCUGCCAUACAGAUUGCUCAGAUCGACUUGCUCACUAAGCUGGGUCUGCAGCCUGACGGCAUCAUAGGACACUCAGUGGGGGAGCUAGCCUGUGGCUAUGCUGAUGGCUCCCUCAGCCAAAGUGAGGCUAUCCUUGCUGCCUACUGGAGAGGCCGCUGCAUCAAGGAGGCGAAACUUCCUGCAGGAGGCAUGGCAGCAGUCGGGUUGACCUGGGAAGAAUGUCUAGCUCAGUGUCCUCAAGGAGUGGUCCCCGCUUGCCACAAUGCUGAAGACACCGUCACCAUCUCUGGUCCCCAGGAAGCAAUCAGUAAGUUUGUGGCAGAGCUGAAAGAACAAGGAGUGUUUGCAAAGGAGGUGCGCAGCGCUGGCGUUGCUUUUCACUCCUACUACAUGGCUUCCAUUGCUCCAAACCUGCUGGCUGCUCUGAGAAAGGUGAUCAAGGAGCCACGGGAGCGUUCGUCUCGCUGGGUGAGCACCAGUAUUCCGCAGUCUGAAUGGGACUCUCCUCUGGCUCUGUACAGUUCGGCUGACUACCAUGUCAACAAUCUGGUGAGCCCUGUGCUCUUCCAUGAGGCCCUCAGUCUGGUGCCUGAAAAUGCUGUGGUCGUGGAGAUAGCGCCUCAUGCUCUCCUGCAGGCCAUUCUGAAGCGAAGCCUGAAGUACACAUGCUCCAUUCUCCCCUUGAUGAAGAGAGGCCAUACCAACAACCUUGAAUUCUUCCUCUCAAACAUUGGCAAAAUUUACAUGAAUGGCAUCAACGUGGAUGGUAACAACCUUUGCCCAGCAGUGAAGUACCCAGUGCCAGUUGGCACACCUCUGAUAUCUCCCUUGGUUCAGUGGGAUCAUUCCCAGACCUGGGAUGUCCCCAAGGUGGAGGAUUUUCAGUCUUGCUCAGGAGGAUCCAAUUCUGCCACUAUCUAUAACAUCAACACAAGCCCAGAGUCUCCAGACCACUACUUGACUGGACACUGCAUUGAUGGGCGUGUCCUCUACCCAGCGACGGCUUAUUUGGUGCUGGCGUGGCGUACCUUGGUGAGAAAUCUGGGGCUUGUCAUGGAAACUACCCCUGUAAACUUUGAAGAUGUCACCAUCCAUAGGGCCACCAUCUUACCAAAGAGCGGUUCUAUCCAGUUGGAAGUGCAUCUCAUGCCUGCCACCAAUAGGUUUGAGGUUUCAGAAAAUGGGAACUUGGCUGUCAGUGGUAAGGUGAAUAUUCUGGAGGAUGCUGCCUUCGAUUCAUUCCAUUCUCAGAUAAAUCAACUAAAUCCCAAGGAAAAUGUUGACCCUAAAAUGAAGCUUACAGUACAUGAUAUUUACAAAGAGUUGCGACUGCGCGGCUAUGACUAUGGGGAAACCUUCCAAGGCAUCUUGGAGUCCAACAAUACAGGAGACAGCGGGAAGCUGCAGUGGACAGGAAACUGGGUGACCUUCCUUGACACCAUGCUGCAGAUGUUUGUGGUUGGGCUACCAGGUCGUAGUCUGCGUUUGCCAACCAGAAUCCGCUCAGUUUGUGUUGAUCCAGCUGUUCAUCUGCAGAAAGUUUGCAAGUACACUGAUGCAAAACAAGCUAUUGAUGUGCGCAUAAACCGCUGCCUUGAUAACCUUGUUGCUGGAGGGGUUCAGAUAUGUGGUCUGCACGCCACUGUAGCACCCCGUCGGCUGCAACAGCAGAGUCCCCCCACCCUGGAGGAGUUUGUGUUUGUUCCCUACGUGGAGACAGAGUGCCUGACAGCCAGUGGAAAACUUGUGGAGCAGCUGAGGCUGUGCAAAGGUUUAAUCUACAGAUUGGAACGUAAAUUGGCCCAUCAUGGUGUCAAACUGUCCAUCCCAGGGCUACAAGGGGUAUUAGAGAGCCCUCUUCCCAGCCCUGAGCCCUCUGAGCCUGGUUUGGUGCGGCUGCUGGCUCUGCUCUGUGGCUUGGAGCUGAAUGGGAACCUACGAUCUGAACUGGAACAAACGGUGGAGAAAGAGAGGACGUGUCUGCUGCAGGACAGCUUGCUGCAGGGCCUGCUGGACAGCCCAACCCUCAGACACUGCCUGGACACCACCAUAGAAAACAGCACACCUGGCAAAAUUAAAGUCCUGGAGGCUCUCUCCAGCGAUGGCCAACUCUUCUCUCGUGUGGUAGCCCUCCUCAACAUCCAUCCCAUGCUGCGUGUGGAUUACACUGCCACUGCAACCAACCUGGAUCUUCUGGCUCCUCACCAGGCCACCCUGGAAGAGUUGGCAGUUGCUUCAGCUCAGUGGGACCCCUUGAAUGGCCCAGUUCCUGGAGGCAUUGUUGGAGGGGCAGAUCUGGUUUUGUGUAACCAUGCCUGGGGCCCUCUAACGGCAGACCCUGCACUGCUGGUGAGAAAUCUAGCCUCUGGAGCCAGACAGGGGGGAUUUGUUCUCAUCCACACUCUACUGAAGGGAGAGACUCUGGGGGAAACAGUUUUUUUCCUCUCAAGCAGCAGCCAGCGAGAACUGCUCACACAGACUGAGUGGGAGAAGGUGUUUUCUGAAGCUUCCCUCAGCCUGGUGACUGUCAAGAAGUCUUUUUAUGGCUCAGCCCUCUUUCUCUGUCGACGUCGCUCUCCGAUAAAACAGCCCAUUUUCCUGCCUGUGGAAAGCACUGACUACAAGUGGGUGGAGACACUCAAGGAAAUGAUGGUGGAGUCCUCAGACUGUCCAGUGUGGUUGGCUGCUUCUCAAGUUCACUGUGGCAUCGUGGGAAUGGUCAACUGUCUACGACAGGAACCAGGUGGCAACCGAAUACGCUGUGUGUUUGUGUCCAAUCUAAAUGAGGCCUCAGUGGAACCGAGCCUUCAACUUGCAAGUCAGCCCAUGCAAUCAGUGCUGGAAAGGGACCUGGUUAUGAACGUGUUCAGAGAUGGACAGUGGGGUGCCUUUAGGCACCAACUCAUCACUCACGAUCUAAAUCAAAAGCUGACAGAGGAGGCUUAUGUCAAUGUUUUGACUCGUGGUGACCUGUCUUCUCUGCGCUGGAUUGCCUCACCUCUCCACCACUUUGUGAGAAGCAACUCAAACAUGCAACGGUGUCAUGUCUACUACAGCUCACUCAACUUCAGAGAUAUAAUGCUGGCUACUGGCAAACUGCCACCGGACGCUAUUCCAGGUGACCUAGCUCUGCAGCAGUGCAUGUUGGGUAUGGAGUUUUCUGGUUGUGACCCCACUGGUAGACGUGUGAUGGGGCUGCUACCUGCUAAAGGCCUGGCAACAAGUGUGGAUGCUGACAAACGCUUUCUCUGGGAUGUUCCCUCCAACUGGACACUGGAACAGGCCGCCACAGUACCAGUGGUCUAUGCCACAGCCUACUACUCUCUGGUUGUGCGUGGCAGGCUCAGACCCGGAGAGGCUGUUCUUAUCCACUCUGGGUCAGGAGGGGUCGGCCAGGCUGCCAUUGCCAUAGCACUGAGCAGGAAAUGUAAAGUCUUCACUUCUGUUGGCUCUGUGGAGAAGAAGGCCUACCUACAGGAGAGGUUCCCUCAGCUCUCAGCAGAAUCCUUCACUAACUCCAGAGACACAUCUUUUGAAAAGCACAUCUUGCUCCACACACAGGGCAAAGGCGUGGAUGUGGUGCUGAACUCUCUGGCUGAAGAGAAGCUGCAGGCUAGUAUUCGCUGCCUUGCCAGGCAUGGACGAUUCCUGGAGAUUGGCAAAUACGACCUGUCCAACAACUCCUUGCUGGGCAUGGCUCUGUUCCUGAAGAAUGUGGCAUUCCACGGCAUCCUGCUGGAUGCUCUUUUUGAAGAGGGAAACCAGGAGUGGGAGGAAGUGUACGAAUUGCUGAAGGAAGGCAUUAUUGGUGGUGUAGUUCAGCCUCUGAAGUCCACAGUGUUUGAGAGGGACCAAGUGGAGGAAGCAUUCAGAUACAUGGCUCAGGGCAAGCACAUUGGCAAAGUCCUCCUGCAGGUCCGAUAUGAGGAGAGGGGUGCAGCUGUUCAGACUGCUUCCCCUUUGUCUUUUCCAGCUAUCUGUCGCACUUUCUGCCUUGCCUCUCACUCCUACAUCAUCAGUGGUGGACUGGGAGGCUUUGGUCUGGAGCUUGCUCAGUGGCUGACAGAGAGAGGAGCCCGCAAGCUGGUGCUGACUUCCAGAUCAGGGAUCAGGAAUGGUUACCAGGCUAUGCGAGUGCGCGAAUGGCAGAGUCAAGAUGUGGAGGUGCUGGUGUCGACCAGUGAUGUCAGCACACUGAAGGGAACAGAGCAACUCAUCACUGAAGCCUGUACAUUGGGCCCAGUUGGUGGUAUCUUCCACCUAGCAAUGGUGUUGAAAGAUGGCAUGUUGGAGAAUCUGUCUCCUCAACUCUUCCUUGAUGUUAACAAACCCAAAUAUGACGGCAUCAUUAACCUGGACAAUGUCACAAGAAAAUCAUGUCCAGACCUCAGCUACUUCGUGGCCUUCUCCUCAGUCAGCUGCGGUCGUGGCAAUGCCGGCCAGAGUAACUAUGGUUACGCCAACUCAGCCAUGGAGCGUGUGUGUGAACAACGCCGCUACGAUGGCCUACCUGGACUGGCAGUCCAGUGGGGUGCAAUUGGUGAUGUGGGCGUGGUCCUGGAGACAAUGGGUGGCAAUGAGACAGUAAUUGGUGGCACCCUACCACAGCGUAUCACAUCCUGUCUGGAGGUGCUGGACCUCUUCCUGUGCCAGCAGCAGCCAGUGAUGUCUAGCUUUGUCCUGGCAGAGAGGACAGUGGCAAAGAACGAGACAGGAAACCAGAGAAACUUGGUGGAUGCUGUAGCUCACAUUCUGGGUGUGCAGGAUGUGAACAACCUGAACACUGAUACAUCACUCGCUGAUCUGGGCUUGGACUCCUUGAUGGGUGUGGAGGUCCGCCAGACUCUGGAGCGUGACUACGACAUUGUUAUGACCAUGAGGGAGAUCCGCCAGCUCACCAUCAACAAGCUGCGAGAGCUGGCCAAUAGCAAACUAGGUGGAUCAAAUGAAUCUCGCCACGCUGCAGCUAAGAGGGAUGGCAUUCACUCUUUGUUGGAGUCUGAUUUUUCCCAGCUGUUAGUCAACCCCAACGGCCCCACGGUUACACCACUCAACAAGGUUCAGAGCCAGGAGAGGCCACUGUUCCUUGUUCAUCCCAUCGAGGGCUCCAUUGCCGCCUUUAAGACCCUUGCUCUCAAGCUUAGUGUACCUUGCUAUGGCCUGCAGUGCACCAAAGCUGCUCCUCUGGAUAGCAUCCAGUCCCUGGCAGCCUACUAUCUGAAUUGCAUCAGACAGAUUCAGUCAGACGGGCCAUACCGAAUUGCUGGCUACUCCUUUGGUGCUUGUGUGGCUUUUGAAAUGUGCUCUCAGCUUCAGACCCAUAAUUUGCCUGUGGAGUGUCUCUUUCUGUUUGAUGGAUCACAUUCCUAUGUGGCAGCGUAUACACAGACAUACAGGGCCAAGUUGACACCAGGAAAAGAGUCUGAAGCUGAAACUGAAGCUCUGUGUGCCUUCAUCCAGCAGUUCACUGGCAUUGAGUACAACAAGCUUCUGGAGAUACUUCUCCCCCUGUCAGACCUGGAGGCCCGUGUCAAAAUUGCAGUUGACCUAAUUACAUCCCACCACAAGAACGUCAACCAAGAGUCUCUUCAGUUUGCAGCCACUACUUUCUAUUACAAGCUGAAGGCUGCAGAUGGCUAUGUGCCUGCAGCAAAGUACCAUGGCGAUGUGACACUGCUGCGUGCCAAAACCAGCAGCGAAUAUGAACAAAAUCUGGGAGUUGACUACAAGCUCAGUGAGGUAUGUGAUGGCAAAGUGUCAAUCCACACCAUUGAGGGAGACCACCGCACCUUCCUACAAGGAGAGGGAGUGGAGUCCAUCAGCAGCAUCAUCCACAGCUCACUGGCUGAGCCAACAAGGGAGGACUAACCCAGCUACGCCCUCCACCUUCCCACAGAUUCUACAACAUUCCCAAAAUGAGUCUCUUCCUCCAAUUAGUUCAGAAUGUGUGGAUUUAACUUGUUUAUUUAGUAAGAAUACUGUAAGAAUACUGUAACUUCUGACAUAGCAUGUUUACGCUCAGUGCCAAUUUCCCCUUUCCCCCAAAUGAACCUUCCUAAUUGCGCCUGGUCAAAGCACAUUGGUCAGUUCAAGCAAUGGACAGUCUCUAUAACCUACUCAGAGCUGUUACGAAUAUUCCUCUUUGUUACGUAAAAAGUGCUGCCAGUUUGUAUAAGUUAGGUGUACGUUAUCUUUUAUAAUGUUGUCAGAUUUAUUCUGCCUUUGCUUGGAUUAAAGCAGCAACAUGAUUUCUUUAAUGGUGAGUUUGCUGUAUACCAAUAAGUGGUAGAUAAUUAGAAAUUUAUAAAAUAAAACGUGGUCAUCAUCACUCACCCUUGGUAUAUGACGGCUUGGGAAUGAGAAUCGACAAUCGACAAUCUCCACAAUUGCUGAAGCCCAGGAAUGUCCUGAACACAGCAAAAUAAUAAUAAUAUCAGAAAAUACAUACAGAGGGCAUAGUCACCAUCAUCAUAAGAAAUGACUGAGAGUCCAUACAUUGGUUUUUCUGGAAAAUCCUGGCUAGAAUACCUUGUAAUAAGCUUUUCAUAAGAAGUAAUAAGGCCGUUAUGAAAUGGUUAUUAAUAUGUCAUCAAGACAUAAGUGUUAUAAUGCCUUUGAAUAAUUUCCCAAUAAACUAAUUUAUUGUUAGACUAUAAGAUUUCCAACACAUGCUUAUAAAUAAGCACUAAAAACUGCAUAAAAGUUUUAAUAAAAGCCUUAUGAGGUUCUUAUAAUAAAUAUAUAUAUAUAUAUAAAUUUAACAGCAUUGCAAACACAUUGGAGUUCAACUUAAUUACACAUUAUGUCAUUGCAGCAAUCAGCAACAAUAAUUUUGUCCUUCCUCCCAGAAACUGUCAGCCAAACAGAAUAAAUACCUAAUUCAGUAUGUAAGGUAAUCUACUUACAUGCAUUUGAUUGGCCAGUGCAUGUCAAACCGCCUUUGCUGCAUUUUCUAUUAGUUAAAUUAUUAACUGCACCUAUUAAUUAAAGUUUAAUUAAAGAGUUUGGUCUAGACCUGCUCUAAUUGGAAAGUGUCAUGAGAUAACUUUUCGUUGUGAAUUGGAGCUACAUAAAUAAACUGAACUGAAAUUAACAUGUCUAGAUUGUAGAGUGUAAUAAGAUAAUUUAAUAGUCCCACAGUGGGAAAAUUUACAUUUAGAUAUCAUGUUUCACCUGUACUUCAUAGCACAAGAACCAGAAAAUAAUGUAGCCUAGGAUAUCAUGAAAGGCUUCCUCGUUGCUUUUGUCAAAUUUAUGCUACUCAGCCCUUGUCUGGCUUUCAAUGGCUAUUUCAUAAUUGUACACAAAUGCAUGUUUACAUGUUUGAAGGACACAUUGUUGAGUUUGAGUUCCCUCUGCUCCAUAACAAAUCAUAGACUUCUUUGUGAAUACAAGAUGUUGUAAAAUCUAGUCACAGUAACAGUUUUUUGAUAGUUCAAGACUAUUGAAAAUGUAUGUAAAUGUCUCAUUUGAUGUUGCAUCUUUUCUCACAUGAGGUAGACUGUGAAUGACUACUAAGGUACCUGUUGUAUGUGAUCAUAACCGAUCUGAAAAGCAGGCCCUUGGGCAGUUGGAUCUUUCAUGAAAUGUUGUCUCUUAACAGACCUCUCCCUAACUCCAUAAUUUGGUUUCAUGACCCACAGAAAGUGGUCCACUCCCAGCAGCCAACCUGACCACUGAGACCUCUUUUCUGGUCUAUGAAGGGUCAGGUGAAUGGAGGCUAAUGACUUCAGAGGAGACGAGAAGGAAGCAAUGAUAUUUGCUCCCCUCUCAUAUAGUAAUAUUUCUAGCAUUUGUUGACUAAUAAAGACCUCUAGCUAAUCA